AUGAGAUCCAAGUUCAAGGACGAGCACCCCUUCGAGAAGCGCAAGGUGCGUUGCUCCGCCAUCACCACGAUCACAAAAAUUAUCGCGAUACUGACCCUCUCUAGGNCCGAAGCCGAGCGCAUCCGUCAGAAGUACACAGACCGUAUCNCCUGUAAGCCUUUGUCCCUCAUCCGUCGCGACGCUGGAGUCAACACUGACGUCGUGGCAACACAGGUCAUCUGCGAGAAGGUUGAGAAGUCGGACAUCGCCACCAUCGACAAGAAGAAGUACCUGGUCCCCAGCGAUCUCACCGUCGGACAGUUCGUCUACGUGAUCCGUAAGCGCAUCAAGCUUUCGCCUGAGAAGGCCAUCUUCAUCUUCGUCGACGAGGUUCUGCCCCCAACCGCCGCCCUCAUGAGCAGCAUCUACGAAGAGCACAAGGACGAGGACGGUUUCCUCUACAUCACGUAUGUGACUCGAUCCUCAUCAUUGCAAGACAAGAGCUUACACAGCACGCAGCNNUACUCGGGCGAGAACACCUUCGGCGAAGCCGUUUGA